ACGGAACUUCCAGUAACCGUGCACAACACCAGCAUGUUCCUGACUCCGAAGUCCAGAAUACUUACUAAGGUGGGAAAUCAACGAGAAUGCAACCACGAAAUGCCCACUCUGUAUCGAAUCGAAGACACCUGGGUGCAGAUGUCACCGGAUCCGCAAGUUCGACAACUGCCUCCCCAACAGCUUAAACCAAUGGCCCAAUUGACCUGGAGCUAUUUGACACCUGGACCUCUCGCUGUCAGCGGAAUCUAUUCAGAAAAGGACAUAGAACGGCUACGAGAACAUAUCAUGUUCCCCGCCGAGAAACCAGCUGUGCUUAACUCUAUUGCCCGAGGCUUAACCGGACACUCGUUCGACCCCAACACCGUUUCCUUGUAUAAUAUGUUGGACGAGGACGCACUAAACAAAAUCGCAGAAUCAGCAGCCUCUAGAGUUUGGCGAGGAUUUAUCUCAUUUGGAUCAGCUACAGCAGGAUUAUUCGGAAUAUUUCUGAUAAUCCGACUGAUAAAAAUCAUCAUCGACACUACGAUACAUGGUUACGCUUUGCACACUGCAUAUGGAUGUAGUAUGCAUCUCCUGGGAGCUUUGUGGAGCUCUAUUACUCACCUCCUUCUUCACUUGGCCAGAGGACCAGUCGACAAGGAUGAAAAACAACAGCAGGAUGAACAGAUAGCAGUCAGCAAACCAAUCUAUUCAAGUAAUGACCGUCGAGUAACAACUGAUGCGCCGACUUGCCCAGCGGAGAAUCAGCGACAACAUAUCGAGCCUACAGUCAUUGUAACUACACCUACUUAUACUUACUAUGAUUUAAAUCAAAGAUUAGAUGAGAUUAGCCAAAUUCCUCGAUCGCAGCGGAAUUUGUCUUAA